GGCCCAGCCAAUCCAACACCCUCCGCUUUGCGCCUCCAGCAAACUACAGCUCCCAGCAUCCUCCAGCGCCCAACACCUGCCCAGGCCUCCUCCACUUGGGCUGCAGGGGGAGGGAUGCAGAAGAGGAGGGCAGAGAGAUGAGGAUGGAAGCGGGUGGGGAAGUGCAGGCGGCUGAGCGGGACCGGGGCCCCCACGCGCCGCCCGCUGUGCCUGCCACCGGGCCGGGCCUCGGGGGAACGGCGGCCCGGGCCCCGGGCAGCUGGGGCAAGUGGGUCAGGCUCAACGUGGGGGGCACGAUCUUCCUGACCACCCGGCAGACGCUGUGCCGCGAGCAGAAGUCCUUCCUGAGCCGGCUGUGCCAGGGGGAGGAGCUGCAGUCUGACCGGGAUGAAACAGGAGCAUAUCUCAUAGACCGGGAUCCCACCUACUUUGGCCCCAUCCUGAAUUUCCUUCGUCAUGGCAAGCUUGUUUUGGACAAGGAUAUGGCUGAAGAGGGAGUCUUGGAGGAAGCAGAAUUCUAUAACAUCGGGCCCUUGAUUCGCAUAAUCAAAGACCGGCUGGAGGAGAAGGACUACACAGUGACUCAGGUGCCUCCUAAGCAUGUGUACCGAGUACUGCAAUGUCAAGAGGAAGAACUCACUCAGAUGGUCUCCACGAUGUCUGAUGGCUGGAGGUUUGAGCAGUUGGUGAACAUUGGGUCCUCUUAUAACUAUGGGAAUGAGGACCAGGCAGAAUUCCUGUGUGUUGUCUCCAAGGAGCUGUACAACUCUCCCAAUGGACUGAGUUCAGAGCCCAGCCGGAAAGCCAAGAGCACGGAGGAGGAGCUGGAGGAGGAAGAGCAGCAGGAGGAGGAGGAGGAGGAGGUGGAGGAGGAGGUGGUGCAGGUGGAUGAGGUGCAGGUGGAAGCCGAGGCAGAUUCGGACAAGAAAGUGCAGCUGUCUCGGGAUCCUGCUCAUUCUCUCCCCUUCUCGCCGUCUCAUCUUCCUCCGCUUCCUCCUCUUCCUCCUCCUGAAGGGUCCAUCUCAUCUUCACCCACUUCUGCCACCUCCUGGAUCUCAUCUGCUCCCUGCUUCCUCCCUCUCACCUCUUGCCCCUGUUUCCUCUCUUCCUACUCCCCCCUCCUGAGGGGCCCUAGCACCAUCAAUGCCCCUCCAGGGCAUGGUUCUUCCGACCUCAACGAUGUCCAUGGAAGCUCAGUGUAAUCCCAAAGCCUGGGAUUUGGUGUCCGGAGACACCAGAUCUCAGCUCUAGAAAAUAAAGGAGCUGGACUAGAAGGUCUCCUCCAAAUCUAUGGUUCAUGGAUUCGGGCAUGUCUGUUUCCCUCUCUGUGUCUCUGUUUGCUCACCUGUCCAAUAACUGGUGAGCUAGAUCACCUCUAAAGCCCUUUCCAGUUCUGGAUUCUGUCCCUCUAGAACCUUCCUCCUUUUGGCUGCUUCCACCCUUUCUAGAGAGGAAUUGUGCCUCCUCCCCACACUGCUCCGGCAGCCCCCCUCUCCAGGGCCUGCUCUCCUGGGUCCCGAGGGGGCCCCACCUUCCUCCUCCCCAGAUCAUCAGGCUCCAUUUGUGGGACUCCCAUCCACUCCGUUCCUGCAGAGCCCCCAGUUCCCGGCGUGGAGCUCUGCAGUGAGGGGGAUGCGAGAGCAAGGGGGCUUACCUUCGAAGCUAAGCAUUUUUGGGGAGGGGGACUGGUUUUUAAACUUUUUCUUUUUUCUUGGUGCAUCUCCAUCAUGCUCUGGGGUUCGAAGCUAUGAGAGGAGAAUGAAAGUGGGGAUGGGUGGUGAAGGGAGAGGGAACAGAGACACUUACUCACACGUGGCAGGACCCAGAUAAGAGGGAGAAAGAAGAGAGGAAAUUGGUGAGAAGAGAACUCCUACAACAAUCCAGGUGGCCCGGGGUCCCCAGGCUUUCCUCUCAGGAGCUUCCCAGAAACCAUCAUCACAUCUUCUCGUCGCGGUUGGCAUUGGGCCUCCCAUUGGAACAUCCUGCCUCGGGGAGAAUGAGAUCAUUUAUCCAGUCUCCUCAGACUCAGGCUGUUCUCAGCCCAAUGUCACGGAUUUAGACAGCCUGGUUCUCCGGAUCUGGCUGCCUGAGACCUUGGACACAAUGAAGACGAGGUCCUAAAGCCCAGGUGGAAAAGGCGAUGAACUUGUGUUUGAGUCCCCGCCCUUGGCCAGAACAUUGACCAGCUGUUUGAUUGUGGGCAAGUGGCUUCUUCCUUGGGGACUCGGUAGCUCCUUCUGCAAAGGGUUGGACUCAAUGCUCCCUCCCAGCUCUAACCAGCUAGGCUUUCUCCCCUCCCUGACUUGGAAGGGAAGUUGCUUUUCUGGGCUCAGGCCCUGGAGCUCCUUCUGCCUAAGCUUGGGGUUGGGGUUGGGGAGAGAUGAAGGGGAGGGAACACGGAGGGGGAAUGAAGGGGAAGGGAUUAGUGACUGACCCUCUGGCCUUUUAAUUCUUUCAUUUCUGGGGCAGAGGCUGGAAUUCAUGGGCUCCAGUCCAGCUUUCCCACCGACUCCCCAACAUUUCCAUCCUCAGCCUGAUAGCUGCCCCUCUCCAAGACAAUGAAUGUGACUUAUCUGCUCUCUUCUCUCUCUCUCCCUCUCCCUUUCUAUGUCCUAUUCUCUACCACCAACCUGGCCCCCUGUGCACCCUUCUCCCUGCCCUUCCUCCUGUACACUCUCCUGCUCACUCCCCGUCCCUCCCCCGUUCCAUCUCCCAACCCCUCUUAUCUUUUAGCUGUUACAAGCCAGAGGCUCCCAGAUGUGAGAACAUUGAUCAUCUUCCGGGAAUUUUUGUUUUCUGUUCUGAAAUCUUUAUUUUUGUACUGUGGCCUGUGGCAGUUCUGGGCCAAAGCCAUUACCCCAGCAGUCGCGCCAACCCCAUCCCUCCCUUCCCAGCACUCCCUCUGUUGCCCUCUCCCCUCAAAAACACAGAAGAUGUCACAAUAUAUUCACAUUGGUUGGUCAGGCUGGGAUGGGAGCAAUUGAGAUGUUUUUUUUUUUUUUUUAACAUUUCAGCAGUGAUGAUAUCCCCCUUGGCAAGUGAGGGCAGAUACCCAGGCACCAGGGCAGGGAUCCUUCCCCCUUCCCCUGGAAAAAAUGAGGAAAUAGUGUUAGGUUUCCAGGGCCCACAACUCCCUCUGUUUCUCUCAUCAGGGAAGAAAAGUAUAAGGUGACCUCACUGAGGUGGGCUCAAUAACAUCCCCUUUGGCCUUCGGUUUUCUUGUCUGUAAACUGGAGCUGCUAACCUUUGCCUUGCCUACCUCACAGGGCUGUUGUGAGGAGGGAAUGAGCUGGUAUAGGAAAAUACUCAAAAACUAUGGAUGCAAGCUGUUCUCAUGACCUGCUCCAAGGAGACUGGCUCUUUUUCCCCAAUAAAUUAUUGCUCAGGGAGAUGAUAGUAUUUAACUCCAAGGAAUGGGUCGUGAACGGUGGAGUUUCUGGCCUCCGUGGGAAGACGUUGUCCCCCAUGGUUUGGGGGACAAGCAUCAGAAAUAAAGGCAGAUCUGUUUUGGGGUUCUCCUCUUCCCUCCCUUUGACUCAUGACUUUCAUGGUAGUACCCUUUGAUAGAAAUAUGGGGGGGGGGAAACCAUGAUGCCCUCCGCAGAACCCAGCCUUGUGGAAUUCAGUUACCCACUGACGUGUUAAGCCGACCCUUUUUCUGGUCCUGUCUGCAAUACUCCCCUCUCUCUCCUGUGACUGCCCUCUGUCAGAUUGUUCCAGUUAGGAGAAAAAAGACCCUGUUAGCAAACUUUGGGUGUGCCUGAAGGAGGGUAAACUGAGGCUCCUCAUCCUGACUCAGAAUCGGAGUGUGGGGCUGAAUGGGUGAAACUGUGAUCUCAGGAAGAGGUUCUCCUGUAUCCUGGGGACUGGGUGGUGGGCUUCACAACUGUAUUGGAUGCAGCCUUAAUAAUAAAGUCUUGAUAGAAACCUCA